GUUACGAAAUUGUACUUCCUAAAACAUCGUGUUAAACGUAGUCUACAAAAAUAUCUAGUUUUUCCUUCAAACUUAGUUGCUUUUGUAAAACUUAACUUCCAAAAUGCCCCGUAUCAUGAUUAAAGGGGGUGUUUGGAGAAACACGGAAGAUGAAAUUUUAAAGGCAGCGGUAAUGAAAUAUGGCAAGAAUCAAUGGGCACGAAUAGCUUCGUUGUUGCACAGAAAAUCGUCAAAACAAUGUAAAGCACGUUGGUAUGAAUGGCUUGAUCCAAGUAUCAAAAAGACAGAAUGGAGCAGAGAAGAGGAAGAAAAGUUGCUUCAUUUGGCCAAAUUGAUGCCAACACAGUGGAGAACAAUAGCACCAAUUAUUGGUCGAACUGCUGCACAAUGUUUAGAACAUUAUGAAUACUUAUUGGAUAAAGCCCAGAACCGUGACCAGGAUAAUGAAGAUGACCCCCGGAAACUUAAACCUGGAGAGAUAGAUCCGAAUCCAGAGACCAAACCAGCUCGUCCAGACCCCGUUGAUAUGGACGAAGAUGAACUGGAAAUGUUAUCUGAAGCACGUGCUCGAUUAGCCAACACUCAAGGUAAAAAAGCUAAACGUAAAGCCAGAGAAAAACAACUGGAGGAGGCCAGACGCUUAGCUGCACUUCAAAAAAGGAGAGAAUUAAGAGCUGCAGGAAUUGAGAGCAAACAGAAGAAACGGAGGAAAAGAGGUGUUGAUUAUAAUGCUGAUAUUCCAUUUGAAAAGAAACCAGCUCCAGGGUUCUACGACACAUCUAAUGAAAAAUAUGACCCUUUGGACCCCAACUACAAAAGAUUACGACAGCAGAAUUUGGAUGGUGAAUUGAGAAGUGUGAAGGAAGAUCGUGAAAGACAAAAGGAUAAGAGGAAACAGAAGAAACGAAAAGAAAAUGAUUUACCAGGAGCAAUUGCAAGUCAAACAAACUUUCAAGAACCUGUAAAAAAAAGAAGUAAACUAGUAUUGCCAGCUCCUCAAAUAUCAGACAUGGAGUUAGAAGAAGUGGUGAAGGUUGGUCAGGCCAGUGAGUAUGCAAGACAACAGGCACUUGAAGCUGGACCAGAAAAUGCAGCAUCAAAAGGUUUGCUCCAAGACAGUAGCACCUCUUUAACACCUGGCAGAUUAAAUCUUCAAACUCCAAGAACUCCUGCAAUACAGGAUAACAUUCUACAAGAGGCACAGAAUAUCAUGGCACUUACAAAUGUUGACACACCACUGAAAGGAGGCUUGAAUACACCACUACACAACAGUGAUUUUGAAGGAAUUACACCACGACAACAAGUGCUGCAUACACCAAACACUAUUUUAACAACACCAUCUCGAACACCAGGGGAAAUAGAAACAAUGGGCAGUGGAAAGACACCAAUAAGAACACCAAUAAGAGAUAAUCUGAACAUCAACCAAGAUAAUGAUCUUGAUCCCUCCCAUUUGGAUAAAUAUCAACAAUAUCAUCUAAAAAAUCAGUUAGCUGGAUUACCUGCACCAAAAAAUGAUUAUGAAAUAGUUGUUCCAGACGAUGAAAUGGACAGUGAAGAUUUACUCACCAAUCCUAAUUUAGUGGUAGAAGAUCAGUCCGACUUGGAUGCUAAAUAUCUUUAUGAUAUUGAACAGAAGAGAUUGAAAGAACUUAAACUGCGAUCACAGGCUGUACAGAAAGACUUACCAAGACCAGCCGAUAUCAACAUGAAUAUUCUUAAAUCAGUUGGACCCAAUGACACUCCCUUGAUGGAUCUUCAGAAAGCAGAGGAAGCCAUUAAGAAAGAAAUGUUGACCAUGCUACACUAUGAUGCUCUGUAUAGUCCAGCACUAUCCGGAGCAAAUCAAAGCAAAAAACAAUCACAAACUAAAAGUUUGCAAAAUUUGGCUCAACACAAAGCUUAUCUUGAAAAUGUUUCCUAUGAAAAGUUUAGUGAAGAUGAAAUUCAGAAUGCACACGAAAUGCUUCAGAAGGAAAUGAAACAUGUGAAAGAGGGAAUGGGUCAUGGUGAUAUCUCAAUAGAAGUUUUUACACAAGUCUGGGAAGAGUGUUACUCUCAAGUACUCUAUUUACCAUCACAGAAUCGCUAUACAAGAGCUAAUUUAGCUAGUAAGAAAGAUAGGAUAGAAUCCCUUGACAAACGUCUGGAAACCAAUAGAAAUCACAUGACACGUGAUGCUAAAAAUGCAGCAAAAUUGGAAAAGAAACUUAAGAUUCUUUUAGGUGGUUAUCAGUCACGUGGACAGGGAUUAAUUAAACAAAUUACUGAUACUUACGAACAAAUCGAGCAAACAUUUGUUGAAUUUAAAACAUUUGAAAACCUACGUCAGCAUGAAAUUGGUGCCAUUCCUAAAAGGCUCGAAUCCUUAACAGAAGAUGUUGAAAGACAAAUGGAGAGAGAAAGUGAAUUACAAAAGCGUUACAGUGAAAUGCAAUAUAAACUUGAUCAUAUUUUGUCUAUUAAUGAUUAAUUUAUCAUCUUAGACUUAGUUGAACAUAAUAUUUUGGCAACAUGAUUAAAUUUUCCUUGUGUUUGAGGGGUAAUACAUGUUAAAUUUAUCCAUGAUUUAAACAAAAAAGUGAAUUGAAAAGGUUUAUAUAGAUGUAUAUAAACACAGAUACUAAUAUAUAUAAUGAAACAGAAAGACCUUUUCCUGUAAUAGUAAAGAUUUACAGUGUAUUGUAUAUAAUAGUCUAAUAGAAUCACCAGUCUGAGAAUUUUAAAGUAACAUGAUUGUUUUGUGUUGCUUUUGUAAGUAUUAUAUCUCCAGGUUCCAUAUUCUGUAAAUACCCCAAUAGAUGUUUGCAUGAAAAAGUUUUCAGUGACAUGAGUAAUUUAACUUUCAGACCAAUUGUUGCAUGUCCCCAAAUGUUUAUGUGCUCAAGAAAAAUUUAUUACACAAAUAAAUAUAUGAGAAAGUGUC